AUGCAGCUUAAAAUAAUGAUGCCGAAAAAGAAGCACUUAUCUGCAAGCAGAGCACCCCUGAUACUCUUCCUGUGCCAGAUGAUUAGUGCACUGGAAGUCCCUCUUGAUCCAAAACUUCUUGAAGACUUGGUACAACCUCCAACCAUUACUCAACAGUCUCCAAAAGAUUACAUUAUUGACCCACGGGAGAAUAUUGUAAUCCAGUGUGAGGCCAAAGGGAAACCUCCUCCAAGUUUCUCCUGGACCCGAAAUGGGACUCAUUUCGACAUAGAUAAAGACCCUCUUGUCACCAUGAAGUCUGGCUCGGGAACCCUCACAGUCAACAUCAUGAGCGAGGGGAAAGCAGAGACCUAUGAAGGAGUUUAUCAGUGUACAGCCAGGAACGAACGCGGGGCUGCAAUUUCUAAUAACAUUGUCAUCCGUCCAUCCAGGUCACCGUUGUGGACCAAAGAAAAACUUGAACGAAUAACACUUAGAAAUGGCCAGUCUUUGGUACUGCCCUGCAGACCCCCAGUUGGGUUACCACCACCUAUAAUAUUCUGGAUGGAUAAUUCCUUUCAAAGACUUCCACAGAGUGAGAGAGUUUCCCAGGGUCUGAAUGGAGACCUUUAUUUUUCCAAUGUGCUCCCAGAGGAUACCCGGGAAGACUACAUCUGUUACGCACGAUUUAAUCACACUCAAACCAUACAGCAGAAGCAACCUAUUUCUGUGAAGGUGAUAUCAGUGGAUGAAUUGAAUGACACUAUAGCUGCUAAUUUGAGUGACACUGAGUUUUAUGGUGCUAAAUCACAUAGAGAGAGGCCACCAACAUUUUUAACUCCAGAAGGCAAUGCAAGCCGCAAAGAGGAAUUACGAGGAAAUGUCCUUUCACUUGAGUGCAUUGCAGAAGGGCUGCCUACCCCAAUUAUUUACUGGAUAAAAGAAGAUGGAACACUCCCCAUCAACCGGACAUUUUAUAGGAACUUUAAGAAAACUCUGCAGAUUGUUCAGGUUACAGAAGCAGACUCUGGGAAUUACCAGUGUAUAGCCAAAAAUGCACUAGGAGCCAUCCAUCAUAUCAUUUCUGUCACAGUUAAAGCGGCUCCGUACUGGAUCAUAGCACCUCAAAAUCUUGUGCUGUCCCCAGGAGAGGAUGGAACCCUGAUCUGCAGAGCUAAUGGCAACCCCAAACCCAGAAUUAGCUGGUUAUUGAAUGGAGUCCCCAUAGAAAUUGCCCCUGAUGACCCCAGCAGAAAAAUAGAUGGCGAUACCAUUAUUUUUUCAAACGUUCAAGAAAGAUCAAGUGCGGUGUAUCAGUGUAAUGCCUCUAACGAAUAUGGAUAUUUACUGGCAAAUGCAUUUGUAAAUGUCCUGGCUGAGCCACCACGAAUCCUUACGUCUGCAGACACACUCUAUCAAGUCAUUGCAAACAGGCCGGCUUUACUAGACUGUGCCUUCUUUGGGUCUCCUCUGCCUACCAUCGAGUGGUUUAAAGGCGCUAAAGGGAGUGCCCUUCGUGAAGAUAUCUAUGUUUUACAUGAAAAUGGAACUUUGGAAAUUCCUGUGGCCCAGAAGGACAGUACGGGAACUUAUACAUGUGUUGCAAGGAAUAAGUUAGGAAUGGCGAAGAAUGACAUUCACUUAGAGAUCAAAGAUCCAACGAGGAUCAUUAAACAGCCUGAAUAUGCAGUUGUGCAAAGAGGGAGCACGGUGUCCUUUGAAUGCAUAGUGAAGCACGAUCACACUUUAAUCCCCACCGUCAUGUGGCUAAAGGACCACAGGGAGCUGCCCAGUGACGGAAGGUUCACUGUUGACAAGGACCAUUUGGUGGUCGCUGAUGUCAAUGAUGAUGAUGGUGGGACCUACACAUGUGUGGCCAACACAACUCUGGACAACGUUUCGGCCAGUGCUGUGCUCAGCGUUGUCGCUCCCACUCCAACUCCAGCUCCCAUUUACGAUGUCCCAAAUCCUCCCUUUGACUUAGAAUUGACGGAUCAACUAGACAGGAGUGUUCAGCUGUCAUGGACCCCAGGCGAUGACAACAAUAGCCCUAUUUCAAAAUUCAUCAUUGAAUAUGAAGAUGCAAUGCAUGAGCCGGGGCUGUGGCAUCACCAAACUGAAGUCCCUGGAGCUCAGACCACAGCCCAGCUGAAGUUGUCGCCCUAUGUCAACUAUUCCUUCCGAGUGAUGGCAGUAAACAGCCUGGGAAGGAGCUUGCCCAGCGAGGCAUCUGAGCAGUAUUUGACUAAAGCUGCAGAACCAGAUAAAAAUCCCACGGCUGUGGAAGGGCUGGGAUCAGAGCCGGAUAAUUUGGUGAUUACGUGGAAGCCCUUGAAUGGUUUCGAAUCUAAUGGGCCAGGCCUUCAGUACAAAGUUAGCUGGCGCCAGAAGGAUGGUGAUGAUGAAUGGACGUCUAUGGUUGUGGCAGAUGUAUCCAAAUACAUUGUCUCGGGCACCCCGACCUUUGUCCCAUACCUGAUCAAAGUUCAGGCCCUGAACGACGCGGGCUUUGCUCCAGAGCCAGCUGUGGUCCUGGGACAUUCUGGAGAAGACCUCCCAAUGGUGGCUCCCGGGAAUGUGCACGUAAACGUGGUAAACAGCACCUUAGCCGAGGUGCACUGGGACCCGGUACCUCUGAAAAGUAUCCGAGGACACCUGCAGGGCUAUCGGAUUUACUACUGGAAGGCACAGAGUUCAUCAACCAGAAACAGACGCCAUAUUGAGAAAAAGAUCCUCACUUUCCAGGGCAGCAAGACUCAUGGCAUGUUGCCUGGGCUGGAGCCCUUUAGCCACUACACACUGAAUGUCCGCGUGGUCAAUGGGAAAGGGGAGGGCCCAGCCAGCCCCGACAGGGUCUUCAAUACCCCGGAAGGAGUCCCCAGCGCUCCAUCCUCUUUGAAGAUUGUUAAUCCAACGCUAGAUUCUCUCACUUUGGAAUGGGAGCCACCAAGCCACCCGAAUGGCGUUUUGACAGAGUACACCUUAAAAUAUCAGCCAAUUAACAGCACCCAUGAAUUAGGCCCUCUGGUGGAUUUGAAAAUUCCUGCCAACAAGACCCGCUGGACUUUAAAAAAUUUAAAUUUCAGCACUCGGUAUAAAUUUUAUUUCUAUGCACAAACAGCAGCAGGAUCAGGAAAUCAAAUAACAGAGGAAGCAAUAACAACUGUGGAUGAAGGUAAGAUGGCUGGUAUUCUCCCACCUGAUGUAGGUGCAGGCAAAGCGAUGGCAAGCCGGCAGGUGGAUAUAGCGACGCAGGGCUGGUUCAUUGGUCUAAUGUGUGCUGUCGCUCUCCUGAUCUUAAUUUUGCUGAUUGUUUGCUUCAUCAGAAGAAACAAAGGUGGUAAAUAUCCAGUUAAAGAAAAGGAAGAUGCCCAUGCGGAUCCUGAAAUCCAACCUAUGAAGGAAGAUGACGGCACUUUUGGAGAAUACAGUGAUGCAGAAGACCACAAGCCUUUAAAAAAAGGCAGUCGAACACCUUCAGACAGGACUGUGAAAAAGGAAGAUAGCGAUGACAGCCUAGUUGACUAUGGAGAGGGGGUGAAUGGCCAGUUCAAUGAGGACGGCUCCUUUAUUGGACAGUACAGUGGUAAGAAAGAGAAAGAACCAGCCGAAGGAAACGAAAGCUCAGAGGCACCGUCUCCCGUCAACGCCAUGAAUUCCUUUGUUUAAUCUGUGAGCUCUUUGCCAAUAUCCCACUUUUCUCAAAUGUUUAUCUUAAGUAUUUGUCGGUCCGCCUUCUCAUACUUUGAACAUUGAGGCAGAAAGUCUGUGUUCUGCUGUGUGUUCAUAUGAUGAGAACCAUCAAAGCAAGAACCUAACUCAGUCAAAUGAUAUCUUAAUGUGAACUGCAGUGCAAAGUGCAUACUUUUUCAUUCAACAUAGGUUAUCUUGAUUUCCUGAGAACUGAUAAAAAAUAACACAGUGUCAUCAACAGAUCAUGUUCUUCCCUCUUCGGGAUACAGUUCACUAGGAUGCAUGAAAAAUGCUACACCUUUAAAGAAUAUACCUGUGUAUGUUAUUCAAACAUGGGUUGGUACUUUGUUUAUACUCUCCUCCGCUGAACCCCUAAAUAUGAAUUCCGUUUGCAUUGUCAAGAGUGUUACUGUAGUAUUCUCUAGAACUUCAGUGUCUUUGUGGACAUUGUCGUGAAAUUGGUGACUCUAUGUCUAGCUGUCAUUAGUCUUUUGGGGAGACUGUUAGGCACAGUGUGUACAGUCUCUACUUGCUAAAUGCGUUAAUUAUGACAGGUGCAUUUGCUCAUGCUUAUGAGACGCUCUUACCUGCUCUUUGAUCCUGUUACUCCACAGACUUCUUAAUCGUCCAGGUAUUACAGCGGCACAGUGUUCUACCUUUUACAUCCUCUCUCCUUUCAGUGCUUUUUAGGCAUAAACAAUGCGUAUUGCAAUGCAUCUUGGCAUUUGUGGCAGACCGAGAGAAUACCAAACAGAUCACUCCAAUUCAGUGUCAAAAAUUAUUCCAGAAAGCACAGGGCAAGACACAUGCAGUGCCUUCAGACGAUAAGCAUUCCACAGCGUACCGCCUUCUGUAUCAUUCGGUACAGUCGACUCGGAGUCCUAGAUUACUAUCAUUGUCUAAAAGUAACUUUGAAAAAGCAUAGUUCAUGAAAACUGCAACACUGAAAAAAAAAAAAGGAACUGUGAAAAUAAAAUUAGGAAGAUAGUUUAUUUUAAGGGGCAUGAUUUCCCCCAUAGGUAUAAAAAGAAAAGCUUUAUCACCAACUGGAGCAAGUGAUGAUUUUGUGGUCUUUUAUGGGUCCUAUUAAUACAAGUCACAUUCAGUAAGAAAGAUGUCAACUUGGUAGGUAGAAAAUUUUUACAAAAACAAGUUAUUCCAAAACUAACAGGAUACAACAGCACACCAACAGGAAUAUAUUUUCCUCUAAGUCUCUAUGUAUGUGGCAGCUUUUGAAACUCUGCAGCAUUAAACAAUGUGUAUCAAAUUGCAUGGAUGCCUUGCAGAAUCUAAGAAGUCUGACAAGUGCUAACAAGGCCAACAGUCAAAGGGAUUACAUCUCCAGUUUCAAAAAGAAGCAUAUAUAUUCUAUCAUAUUCAUAAAUAAUAUCUAUCAAAUGGUUUCCUUCCAAAUAUGAAAAUCUAUAACAACCUAUGGUUGAAGGAAUGCUCAGUUUCAUUUGCCAAUAAAUUGGUUUCUCAUAACUUGCAUCAAGUUUAAUUUUAAGUAAAGCUUUUUAUAUGUAGAUAUUUUGUUGAAUCUGUAAAUACACUUAAAGUGUAGAUGCUAUAUGCUUAUAGGUGUUACGUACAAAUAAACAGGCCAACGAUGUUUAUGUUGUACUGUAUAAGAUGUUAGCUAAUUAAUACAGUGCAUGGGAUUGGAAAGCAUUUAAUUAAAUGCCUUUUGGGUUUUUAUUUUCCCUUUUUGCUGUGAAACUGAAAGAGUGAACUAUUUUCCACAUUGACAGCAGGUUUCUAGAAGAAAUCUUCAGAGCUUUGCCUAAGCACAGUUUGAAGUAAUCCCAGGUAAAGAUGGCCCUACCUAGUUUCAUAUCUCCAAUAUGCACUUUUCACAGAUCAACCUUUCUAGUGGAAAUCCAGAAAGACAAAACAGGCUGCCUUGGCAUCCGAGAGCACAAAGAUAAGUUACUUAAAAUUUGCCAGUGUGUGCGGGGACAAGAAAAGUACAGUGUUUCCUCUUCCAUAAUGGUAGAUGCUAAAUUUGUGCAUGAAGGGGUCAUUUCUGUACUUGU